ACCAGAAACAAACAUGGCGCCGCGAAAGUGAGGAAAACUCAGAUCUCCUCUCUUCACAACGACCAGCCAGACAGAUGAGAGGAAGAGGAGGACACUCUUCAUCAUCAUCAUCAUCAUCAGUUUCUCAGGAGCAGACCAGGAUGUCUGUGAGGAAGCAGCUACUCAAUGAUGCCAGCGACAUUCCCUCUGGAAGCCAGCAGAUUGACGAAAACACACAGGAGGACGAAGAUCUAGAGGACCAAGACGACAAUGAUGAGCUCUCGUCAUCAUCAAGAGAAAAACGUAAGAGGGGAAACAAAUCCAAACCUAAAGAGAUGACAGAGGAGGAGAUGAUGGACAUGGCUCUGCGUCUGAGUGAACAGGAAGCCAGCAACGCCGCGCUCAGAGUCCAGCAAGAGGAAGAGGCCAUGAGGAAAGCCAUUCAAGAGAGCAUGACACAACCGUUCCCGACAUCCCAAAGUCGGAGCCCACUCGCAGAUGCCGCAGCUUCACUCAGGAUCUUCUCUCGACGGAAACUCUUGUAUGCAAACGGAAAGACGGCGUCUGCCAUCAAUCAGGGAGCAGCGGAGGACGUCUGCACGCCAGAGACAGACCUGAACCGAGGAGCAAAAGGAACCGGAGAUGAAAGUAAUAACAGGCUGAAAAAGCGGAAAAGGAAAGAAGGAAGUCCUCUGCUGGAGAUGCCAGAGCUGUCGCAGGCUCAGAAGGUCUUCUCUCAGGCUUCACCCUGCAGCUCAGAGUGUCUCGCAGUGCCUCUGGACUCACCGCAGAGCUCUGACUCGACCCAGAUCGACGAGUGUCUGCUCCGUAAAUCCCCCGUCUUCCCCUCCACUGACUGCAGAGCCGAGGUUCACAUCCCUCGGCUGGCUCAGGACCUGCUGGAGACCUGCAGAACCUCAGGGUUUGUGUUGUGCUCACAGGACAGUUGGACCUCGACUGCAAAGUCUCAGCCCGCUCAAGCCAUGAGUCCGACGUUUCCCAAAAGCCCCAAACACACCAAUAACGUCGCUUUGUCCAAGAGUCCUGUCUUCUUAGAGACUGAUCAGGGAGACGAUGGAGAAACAGAUCCGAGUCCUGAGCAUUUUAAAAGUCCGGUAUUUGGCAGGAAUACUCAGCACGAGAAGUCUCCAAGUGCCUGCAAACCCCAAGUCAGUGUCUGUAACUCAGGGUUCAUGUUCUGUUCUCAGGAGAGUUUAACCCCCUCUGUGAGGUCCGCGCCCUGUCGGCCUAAGAGUCCAGUAUUCUCAAAAAUCCCCGGAACUCCCAAGAACCUCCCUUCCCCCGAAAGAUCAGCAUCCUGCAAAAGUCCCGUAUUCUCAGAGACUGUCGGAGGAAAGACCGAGCAGAGUCCUGGAUGUAGUAAAAGCCCAGUGUUCGGCCGGACUGGAAGACGACGGAAGAUUCACCACGAUGAGCAGAAACACGCCGCGAGUCCUUCAGCUGAUGAGCUCAGGGGUUCAGACAGUGAAGGGAAUUCAACCACUACCAGGGAUCCACCUCAGAGGCUGAGCAAGGACAUCAAGACUGAUCACAAUCAAGACACCAGGUUUAAUAAGUCAUCUAAGUCAGAUGAUUCAGAGGAGAAGCUCAAUAAAAUAUCCAAAGACUGCCCGGCUGAGACGGAGCUGACCAGCGAUAUGACGCUACUCUGGUCUGACGACGACGUCACGCCGGUGGGCUCACCCAGCCCCGUCUUCCCAGAGGAGAGACCUGUUCCUCAGGCAGACAGUGAGGAUGCGUCCCUGAACCAAGUGACUGAGGCUUCUCCAGGGACGAACUGCAGCAGACAGCAGCCUUCCACCGCAGAGCAAGCGCCACAGCCAAUCAGAAGCCAGGGAUCGGUCAGCAGGGCGUCUGCCCCGCCUGGGGAGCCUGCAGGCGGGCCGACGGUGCACUACUACUGGGGGGUUCCCUUCUGUCCUCGGGGGGUGGACCCGGACAAAUACACACAGGUGAUCCUGGGUCACAUGGAGGUGUAUGAGAAGAGUCUGAAGCAGGCUCAGAGGUGUCUGCUCAGGAAGGCUGAGUGGGGGGAGGCCGUGCUGCCACAGCUGGAGAAAUCCCCUUCACCGGAGUCGCCUGUUGAAUCCUCUCAGCAGCUUGUUCCUCGAAGGCGUGGCUUCCGACUGAAAAGCAAAAAUGUGUGUGAGGAAAGUGAUUCACUCCCAGCUGAGGAAGAGGAGGAUGAUGACGACCACAAGAAGGAGGAAAGGGAGAGCAAAGGAGGAGAGGAGCGGAAGGAGGGAGAAGAAGGACCCGUGGAUACUGAUGACUGUGAGGUUUGUCCAGAAACCCAACUGAGUAACAACGAUGACGACCGGACGCAAGAUCUGAUUAUGGCGACUGACGCAGGAGCAGAGUUUGAGAGUAAAAAGAGUCCGGAGCCGCCGGAGGUCGAGAUGAUUCUUCAAGUGGAUUCUCCAGUCGGGGAUGAGCUGCAGGAGGAGAAGGAAGAGAUGGAGGUGGACGCCGCAGUGGACAGAAAGUCGGAGGUGAACAUCCCUGUUAGCAGCAGCGAUGUUGGACGACAACAUGUCAGAAAAGAGAAGAUGGAGGAGGACGGUGGGGAUCCAGAUGUGGAGGAGAUAAAGGAUCGAGGGCUUCAAAGGUCAACGUCCACUGAACUGGAACCAGCUGCCGUCCCCCAGAAAUUUGAGAACAGAGUGGACUGUCCCAUCUGUCAGGGGUCUUUCCCGGUGACGGAGAUCGAGAGGCACGCUGCGUACUGCGAUGGAGAGGUGGCCGUCGUGGAAGAGAGGAGGCCCGAGAAAGUGUCAUUAAAGUCUCGUAGGAAGAGAACAAGGAGAGCAGAGGCGACGGGUGAAGUUACUUACGAACCCUCCAACACUAGCAAGAAUCAAGAGAGAUGUUACAUCUGUCAGAGAGCUGUUCCCCUGAGAGAGUACAGCCGACACACAGAGCUCUGCAUCCAACGGCAGGCAUCAAAGAGUGCAGCAAAGGGAAAUCUGCUAUCGGCUCUGGAGCAAACAGAGAUCAGAGAUUCAGUGGCAGGGCCGUCUGGAUCAAAACUACAACCAGGAGAUGUCAUUGAUCUGCGGGAUGAUGAUGAUGAUGAGGACGAAGAAGGCAGCCUUUCAGCACUCAGGAUCAGUAACUCUCCCAUCAGAUCCUUCACUCCGAUCUCAGAGGCCACCGGCUGCCUUAUUGACUUCAAAAAACAGCAGCGGGUCAAAACGCUGCGUCAAAGACGAAGAUGAGGACGGCCUCAUGCAGACAGGUGGUGCUGACUGAGAAUACUGGAAACCAGAGCCUUAACUAAAGACCCCAUCAGGUUGGAAGUGACGUUACGAUUAAAAAAAGACUUGUUUUAAACUGGACACCUUCGUGAUGCAACAUAUUUAUGCAGGUAAACGUGCUCUGAACGAUCAAAAUCUGACAAUUUAUUCAAAGGAAACCUGAUUCAGACUCUUUUCGUGCCACUAAAUUUAGCGUUUGUAUAUGUUGUAGGUGUUUCAGACUACCUCUUUAUGUAUUGAAACAUUUCCUUUGUGUUACUUCAGUUCAGUGUCUUCACCUGUAAAUCAGAUUCAUACUAACAACACUGGCCUUCAACCUGAAAUAUGAGAAGCGAAGUUAUUGUUUGUAGCCCUGUUAAUCAGAGGCAAAAAACUGUCUACCACUUAUCUCUCAAAUAUAUCAACACAUAUUGGAUGGAUUGCCAUGAAAUUUUGCGAAAACAUUCAUCUUCUUAACAAAGUUAACCCUACUGCCUUUGGUGAUGCUCUGAUGUUUCAUCCAGGGCCAACUGAAGAUCAAAACCUGUUCAUAAAAGAGAAACCCAACACAACAUUCCACAUUUUGGCAUGUUGGCUUGCUAAGUGUUAGCAUGUGUAGAUGCUAACAUGAAGCAUGCUAAUGUUAGCAUGUAAAUGUGCUUAAUUGUCAUCAUGCUAAUGUUACAAACGAUACUGGAAAUCUACCGUGCUGACAUGCUAGCUUUUGCGGGCUGAUGUAAGCAUUUAAGCUAGUGUUUAGCUAAUGCAGAUAUGACGGGCUAACUGUUAGCAGACCUAAGAAUGACAUCUGAUUGGUUGGUGGACAAACAUCCAGCCAACCAGAGCUGUGUAGGGUGAUGUCAUCUUCAUUUGCCAGAGUCAGAAGAAUGGAGACAACAAUGGGAACAGUUGUGGAUUUAAAGGCUGCAACUAGAGAUUAUUUUCAUUAUCGAUUCAUCCGCAGAUUAUCUUCUCGAAUAACCAAUUAUUUGGUUUGUCUUAAAAAUGUCAAAGUCAUUUCCUAGCCCUAAGUGACAUCUUUAUAUCCAACCAAAAGUCCAAAACCCAAAGAUAUUCAUUUACCAUCAUUUAUGACAAAGAAUAGCAGAACAUUCUCACAUUUGAGAAGCUGUGAAAGUGUCGUGAACAGAUUAAUUGAUUAUCAAAACAGGUGCCAACUGUUUUUCACUUUGACCUAUAAAUUAGUCAACUCAUCAUUUCAACUCUAUAUGGAUGAGAAGAACGCAGCUGUGCUGGUUGUUGUAAGUCAUUUUACAGAAACCAUUCCUUCAGUUGACAUCAGACUUAGAUCACAACACGGCCUUUUUUCUGGCACCACCCUCAGGACAACCAUAAAAAUGUUUAGAGCUGAUAAUAACAAAUUGUCUCUCCACAUUCCAUCUAUCCCAACACUAACUACAAUCAAACCCAAACAACAGUGGAAAGAUCGAGAGCCUGAAGAGCCCUGCAAAUAUUCCUUUAAGACAACAUCUUAAUGCAAAUCUCCAAUUGUAUCAAAUUUUAAAUAAUUUGAUACAAUCAGAGACUCCGUUUCAUGCUUUGUCUUGUCAGCUGUUAACAUUUGUCAACCUAUAAAAAUGGGAUUCAAACCGACUUCCUGUAAGAUCCCACGUCACCAGUUUCACUGUGACUCCAGUAUGAAAACUCAGCCUGCUGAGGGAAGUGAACCUUCCAUUUGUUUUUAAGAACCAAGUUCCAUUUGUGAUGAUGAAAUUUGCACUAAAGCAGCUCAAACAUGUCGUCACUGUCCUGUAAAACAGUUUUCUCUCAGCUCAGAGUUUGUUUUAAUGAUUUCUGUCGCUUCUUGUCCUCUUUUUUUGUCUUUGACUGUAUCGCCCUGGAGUACUGUAUCAGCACUUUAGAGUUGAAUUUGCUCAUUUUUCAACCUGAUGUUAAAAAGUAAACUCACUGUACCACACUGAUCACACAUGUUGGUUCCUUGGAGGGGAGAGAUAAACAGGUGAGGCUACAUGAUGUUUUUAGCGGUCGAAACAAUUCGCUUUUUUUCUUAUUUUAUCCUUGAGAAAAAAUGAUUUCACACAGAUGUCUGAUCCUUCCUUUGCGACAGGCUGCCGUCGUUACGUUGUACUUGUAUUUCCUGUGAGACUUUGAAGCAACGCAGCGGUGUGCAGACUGUUUGUUGCGUAAGACUAUGGCACAAUGUUCAGUUGCACCAACCAGGCCGAAGUUUAGGAGGAAUAAUUGUUAAGUCAUGUUCGAAAGAUGAAAUGCUGUUUUUUCUAGUCUGAAGUAAUAACUGGUUGUGUACACUAUAGGACCAAAAGUACAUGGACACACACACUCCACCUGUGUGUGUGUGUGUGUGAUGGAUAAACGUGAUUCUGACACCAUGGGCAUUAAUGUGCUGCCAUAACAGAAUUAUUUAGAUCCUUUAUUUCAAGUUAAAGUACUAAUAACACACUGUUGAAGUCCUGCAUUGAAAAUGUAACCUCAUUAAAAGUAUGUAUAGUAUAAUAAGUAAAAUGUACUUCAAGUAUUAAAAGUAGAAACAUGUGACUGUUCUAUUAUCAUAUAUUAUAUAAUUUGAUUAUUAUUACUUGUGCAUUAAUGUAAUAUCACGAUUUUUCUCUUGAAGUUGGUUGAGGUGGAGUUCAUUUUAAACUUUUAACAAAUUAUUUUUAAUGAUGACUUAGCUCCACCAACUGUUUAUCUCCAUCAAUCAACUCCAUGGUGGUGCAUUCGCUUUGUUUUGUGCCAGUUUUCAAUUUUUCCUAAAACAUUUGUGCUAAAUUUGGAUGGAAACUUGGCUGAAGCUUUAAGUAAA